AUGAUACUGGUGGCGGGUUUGGCUGAGCUGAUGGAGGAGUAUACGUUUUUGUUGGCAAGGGUUUUAGAGCAUUUGUUCCAUUCUGCUCCUUUUCCCAGGCGGGUUCGGUUUCUCAUCCUCCGAAGUCUUCCCUUUGUUUCUUCCUACCCUCUUCCUCCUCCUCCUCCUCUGAUAGGAGCCCCUGCUGCUGCUUAA